AUGGGCAUGAAAGCGCGUUGCCAAUGCUCAAAGGUGCAAUUCACCACACCAACAGAGAAGCCACUCGCACUUUACGCAUGCCACUGCACUGAGUGUCGUCACCAAAGCUCUGCGGCGUUCGGCAUCACCGCCAUCUUCCCCUACUUCGAGCUACCAGAAACUGCAUUCCACCAAGGUUUGAUUGGAAGCUAUACUCGCGUUACAAUCAAGGGCAGAUACAUGGAGUGUUUGUUUUGUAAGAACUGUGGCGCGCGACUGCUACAUCUUAUUCAUGACACAGCACCUGUGCCUGGCGAAAAGCCGAAGCCUACUUCGACUGCGAAUGUGAAGGGUGGUUGCCUUGAGGAUUUGGAUCAGGAAAUGAUGAGGAACGUUGUCCACAUAUGGACCAAGCACGCAAUCGUGGAGAUUCCCAAAGGUGCAGAGAAGUGGGACGAAGCGCCGCCAGUUGUGAAUCCCUUGGAACGUAAUUAA